AAAUGGGUAUUCAAUGUACAUAAAUAUUUAUUAUUAUUUAUUUAUCACUAUAGUCAUAAUUAAAUUUCCUUACUCCGUAGUAGUUGUUGACUAAAGUUGUACUCACGUCAUUCAAGACUUGUGAUUGAUAAUAAUUGUAUGCAAUCAAAUAAUUAUAUUUCAUUACGAAUUACGAUAAUCCCAGAUGUCAGUUUACAUUAAUGACAUUCGCAUAGAACGUAUAUAACUCGUAGCAAACCUCUGUAGGUUAAUUUUUAUUUUGUCAAAAUUGAAUAGAAAGGAAAUUUAAACUUCAUAUAAAAAAUGAGUAUUAAAAAACCUCCCAUACCACAGUGUCCUAUAGUACCAGUAGAAGAAGAAAUCGAAGAAGAUUUAAAAACUAUAGAUGAAACUGAAGCUCCAUUGUUAACAGAUGAUGCUAAGGUUUUAUUAGAAUCUAUUGGGACCGAAGUGAUUAAAAAUGAUACUCAAGAAGCAGCUCAAAAGCUCGUUGACAAUGUGGAUGAAUUAGAACAAACAAUUACUACAUUAGAUAAGAAGUAUAAUGAAUUGAUGACUUGUGAGAAAGAAUUAGAAGAAAUUGAAGAAGAAAUCGAUAAACAAAUUAAAGAAAUGACUAGUUAUAUAUCUGAAAUUCAAUCAAGUCCUACUCCUGCAGUAAAGUAAACACAUUUAAUUAUAUUAUAUUAAAUGGAUUAAUAAUUACUUCUAUUUUUUUAUUUGUACAAUUUAAAAUGUAUCACUUACAAAAUGUUAUAAUAAAAAUGAGAUCUUGUCAAAAAGAUAAGUUAUAUUUUUGUUAUAAAAUGUAUACAAUAAAAAUCUGUUAUUUAAGUAAAAAUGCCAAUAAAGAAAUUAAAUAAAAUGUAUAUAUUUUUAUAAA